CUAUGUAAACAUUGUUUUUUUAUAUAUAAUUCCAUUUAGUAACUCUUCAUUUGGGCUUCUUGAGCUCAUUCUUAUCGAUGUUUCACAAUGAUUCCUUGGAAUCUUCUGAUAUUAAUGUCAAUUUUACCAUUUUCGUUUGGAAAUUUCAAUUUAACACAUCCGAAAAAUAUUUUAUCCAGAAAAAGGAGAUAUUUGGUUUUCCCAGAAGGAAGUUCUUUGCAGUUAGUUUAUUGUUUAACGAUGCCGUCACUCGGAAUGGGACGCAUAUUUACCAUAGGAUCCACUGCUGCAAUGGCAUGGAUAUUACCACACGAACCAACGAUUUUCCUCGAUAAGAAAAACAAAAAUAAUCGCCCUGAAAUGGACUCCAAAAUACCCGAUCACCUAGAAAGCCUACAAUCUAUAUACCAAGAGGAAGAUAACGGUAACAAUGAUGAAGAUUAUAAUCCAUAUUAUAACAGCCACGAUAUUGGUGAAAUGGGUAAAGAGGUGAAAAAAUAUUAUAAUUUUCAAGGAUACGAUAGCAUGCGUAGACCUGAUCGAAUCUAUUUUCCAAAUCACAAUUAUAAAAGAUUUCGAGAACAACCUGUAGAAUCAGAACACUGGCACAUCUAUAGACGAAGUAGAAGAAGCCUAUAUGAAAAAUUAGAAAAAUUUCUGAAUGCAUUGAAUAAAGAUGGUCAAGCAUGUAUCCUAAAGAUGAUAUGUGAAGUAAGUCAGAUUGCAGACAGAAAAGGAAAUUUUAUGGAAGAGAUUAUUAAAGUUAUAUUCAGAAUCAAAACACACAAUACAGCAAAUGAAGAUAUUUAUGAUGCAGCUGCAAAUGAAAGUCAUAACUGUAAAAAAAGAUAUGAAAGUUGUCAGGAGAGCUUUUUUGGUUUACAUGAAUAAACUGAAAACCCAUU